CGCAUGCACAGCGUUGCUGGUGAUAUAGGAAAUAAUAAUGGCAUCUCUAGACAGAGUGAAAGUGUUAGUUUUAGGAGAUUCUGGCGUUGGGAAAUCAUCUUUGGUGCAUUUGUUGUGCCACAACCAAGUGUUGGGAAAUCCUUCAUGGACAGUUGGCUGUUCUGUGGAUGUCCGGGUUCAUGACUAUAAAGAGGGAACUCCAGAAGAGAAGACCUAUUACAUUGAACUAUGGGAUGUUGGAGGGUCUGUUGGAAGUGCCAGUAGUGUUAAAAGUACCAGAGCAGUUUUCUACAAUUCUGUUAAUGGUAUUAUUCUAGUGCAUGAUUUGACCAACAAGAAAUCCUCCCAGAAUCUGCAUCGGUGGUCACUGGAAGCACUUAACAAAGACUCCUCUCCAACAGGGGUCAUUGUGUCCAAUGGGGAUUAUGACAGAGAGCAGUUUGCAGAGAACCCCAUUCCCCUCCUGCUAAUUGGCACCAAGUACGACCAGAUCCCUGAAAACAAACGGAAUGACGUCCUGGCCCGCACAGCUUUCCUGUCUGAAGAUUUCAACGCAGAGGAAAUAAACCUGGACUGCACCAAUCCACGGUAUUUUGCAGCAGGCUCUUCUAAUGCUGUGAAACUUAGCAGAUUCUUUGACAAGGUUAUAGAGAAGAGAUACUUCAUUAGAGACCCCUGCCAGACGACAGCCUUCACAGACAAAAAGCGUUUCAACUUCAAGAGCCUUCACUAUGAUUGACUGUGUGUUAUCAUCAUAGAGGCUUGUGGCAUUAGUUCUGUUGGUCUGUGAAACCCACAAACACUGAGUUUCAAUCAUUAGUCUCACUACUGCAUGUCUGUCUCAUAAGGUUUGUAAGGUAAAAUUCUUCUACACUUUUAAGGUAAAAUUUUGCAAGUAAAAAAAAAAGAAAAGAAGAAAGAAUAGAAUAUCUAUAAUAGGUAUUUUAUGUCUGACAUGACCAACAUCUGAGGAGCCUGUAUAUAUUUUUUUAUUUUCCAUUAGGGCUUAAAUCAUAUAUAUCAUAUACAGCGCUCACGUUUCUCUGUUAAUGUUUUGAGUAAGAAUAACGUUAAAUCCUUGCGCUAUAUCUGCCUUGUGUCUGAGAGCAGGUAAUAAGUGAUUAUUACUUUUAUUAAUUUUUUUUUUAAAUUCUUGAUCUUUUUAAUAUAUGCGGUUUCAUUAUUGGCAUCUUUGCUAUAUUAGCAAACUCAGAAUAUUGUUUUCAUGUGUACUAUGUUGUUGACAAAGUUAAUAGAUCAAUAAAGGAAAGUUU